GAGAGAAGCAGAGACACAGGCAGAGGGAGAAGCAGGCUCCAUGCAGGGAGCCCGACGUGGGAUUCGAUCCCGGGUCUCCAGGAUCGCGCCCUGGGCCAAAGGCAGGCGCCAAACCUCUGCGCCACCCAGGGCUCCCUGAAGGCAGUUUUAAGGAGAGUUAUAAGGCCAAUAGGAACUGACUUCUGAGCAGAGACUUGGACUCGAGGAAAAUAAGCGGCCAGACGUCUGGGUGUAAGGGCUCCAGACAAAGAGAGCACCCAGCGCCUGGACCCCAAGGCGGAAAUAGACACGUUUUCUAACUUCUCUUGGUGAGACUGAGAAAUUGAACAAUAGUACUUCCUGAAACUCACAUCAAGAAGAAAAAUGUCAGUGACACUGCAUACAGAUGUAGGUGAUAUUAAAAUUGAAGUAUUCUGUGAGAGGACACCCAAAACUUGUGAGAAUUUCUUGGCUCUUUGUGCCAGUAAUUACUACAAUGGCUGUAUAUUUCAUAGAAAUAUCAAGGGUUUCAUGGUUCAAACAGGAGAUCCGACAGGUACCGGAAGAGGAGGUAACAGUAUCUGGGGCAAGAAAUUUGAGGAUGAAUAUAGUGAAUAUCUUAAGCACAAUGUUAGGGGUGUUGUAUCAAUGGCUAAUAAUGGCCCAAACACCAAUGGAUCUCAGUUCUUCAUCACCUAUGGCAAGCAGCCACAUUUGGACAUGAAAUAUACGGUAUUUGGAAAGGUAAUAGAUGGUCUAGAAACUCUAGAUGAAUUGGAGAAGUUACCAGUAAAUGAGAAGACCUACCGGCCUCUUAAUGACGUACACAUUAAGGAUAUAACUAUUCAUGCCAAUCCAUUUGCACAAUAGCUAUAAUAGACCUAGAAAAAUAUUUGGCAGACUAUUUAAGGAACACACCUAUUGUGGUUUACCCAGUUUUAAUUAUGUCAAAAGAUUACAUCAUCCUUCUGCUUGUUUAUAGCUAAGAUCUUAUUUAAGUUUAAUUUUCCAAAAAACUCUUCUAAUUUUUGGUUACAUAUAGGCAUUCAUUUUUUUUUUUUUAAGAUUUUAUUUACUUAUUCAUGAAAGGCAGAGACACAGACAGAAGGAGAAGCAGGCUCCAUGCAGGGAGCCCGACGUGGGACUGGAUCCCAGGUCUCCAGGAUCAGGCCCCUGGCUGAAGGCGGCGCUAAACUGCUGAGCCACCUGGGCUGCCCAAAUCCUGGCAUUUUUAAGCACUAUGCAUAUUCCUGCCAUAUCUAGUCCACGUCCUAGAGGUAGUCUUUUCCAUUAAUUAUUCACUUUGUGCAGUCAGAGUAAGGACAAGAUAGAGAUGAUCUAGAAAAGCCAGCCAGCCAAUCCAUUUGCUAUUUUCUGUGGUCUUUAGAUUACAGUAAAGGCUCAGAGAAGUCCUAGAGUAGAGUAAGCACUCAAUUUCCCAAUUCCUUUUUCCAUGGAACUUUUUUAAAGCUAUCAUAUACAGUAUUGUAGGACAGAAUUCUACAGGUGAUCUGUUUGAAAAAUGCAACUAAUUGGCUAAGAGCACCAGUUGUAGAGUCCUGGAUUGUGUUUGAAUCACAGCUCUACCUCCUACUAGUAACUUUAGGCAGGUUACCAUCUCCCAGAUUUUCUCAUCCCUAAAGACUCAUCCCCUUCAUAAGACUGUGAGGACUAAUGAAACAAUGUAAAGCUUCUGGCAUCUGAUAAGUGUUCUGUAGUGAGUAAACAGAAGCUAUUCUCUUAAUAUUUAUCUCCACCAUAAGGCUCUCACCUAAUCAGGCCUCAUCAUUUAUAUAUCUAUAAAUAUAUAGAUAUAUAUCAUUGAUCUCAUCAAAACCGUAUUCUUUGAUCUGCCUCCAUCACCUUGAUUAGAUUUUGGUAUUACUAAAACUGAUGCCAAGCAUUUCUUGGUUUGUAUCAUUUCUACAGAUAGCUGAUCUAACUAAUAUUUUCUUUCUUAAUUAUAAUUUGGAUGUUAGCUUGUAAUAUUCUCUUAUUACCACCUAUACCUUCUACUAAACUGAUGUGCCAAUUAUAUUAAUGUCUUCACUUUUUAAAAAAUAAGCUCUGUGCCCAACAUGGAGAUUGAAUUCAUGACCCUAAGAUUAAGAAUUGCAUGCUCUACCUACCGAGCCAGUCAGGCACCCCUAAUGCCCUCACGUUUUGAUUCAGCCUUCUAAUUUAGUCAUUUAGAUUUCUAGACCAUAUUAAAGCCUCUUGUGGGCCAAAAUUUGUUUUGACACUUUCUUAUACCUGAUUUUUUUUCUCCCAACUGAAUGGCAUUGAAUGUUUUUGUCAUUACUCUUAGGAGGCUUUUACUGAUUGCCAAGAUGUUUUUGUACUGACUGGCAUUCUGUCAAUUUUAAUUCUAAACCCUGCUCUUAAAACAAAACAAAACAAAAAAACAACCCUGCUCUUGUUUUUUUUAUGUGCUACCAAUAUGGUGAGUUUUUAGUUUUUAGAGCUCAUCCUUAUAAUGUCUGUUUAAUGAUAGCCAUAAGGAUCUUAUAGAAAGACUGGCCGCCCGUCUUGGGCCUUUGAGAGGCAUCAUGAGGAUCAAGAUCCAUAACACUGCUUUCUGUCCACUCACAGAAUUGGCUGGUUCACACAUCACAUUAGCAGUUGAGUCUGUUCCAUGUAUUAACCGGAGGUAAAACACACUUAGCCAAAGGCAGACAUUUAACAACAGAGCCACCCAGAUGCCCCCAAAAUAAAAUCUUAAAAAUAAAACUACAGUAAGGGGUGCCUGGGUGCCUCAGUUGGUUAGGUGUCUGCCUUCAGCUUGGAUGAUGGUCUCAGGGUCCUGGGAUCCAGCCUCCCAUGCGGUUCCUUGCUCAGUGGGAAGCUUGCUUCUCCCUCUAUCCCUGCUUGUGCUGUGAAAUUAAAAAAAAAAAUCUUCAAAAAUAAAUAAAAAUAAAGCUAUAAUGAAAAAGGGAUUAGCUGCAAACAUUUUAUAAAGCUCCAAAUACUAAAUUGGUGCAAGAGAUAUGGCUAGAAUAGUAUACAGGAGUUCAAUCCAAAAUCAUAAAGAGAAAAGUUAUCCCGUAAAUUGUGUUAAGAGAACCAGUAAAGUAUAUGGGGAAAAAUAGCAAAAGAAUUUCAACUCAUAUGAUGAUGCAGCAAAAUUCCAGAAGGAUAAAUUGCCUUUAAAAAAAAAAUCUAGGGCAGCCCGGGUGGCUCAGCGGUUUAGUGCCGCCUUUGGCCCAGGGUCUGAUACUAAAGACCUGGGAUGGAGUCCCAUGUCUGGCUCCUUGUGUGGAGCCUGCUUUUCCCUCUGCCUCUCAUAAAUAAAAAAAUCAAGUUGUGGGCAGGGUUGUUUACACUAAGGUCUCACUUUGGCUGGUAGAUGACCAUCUUCUACACAAUCUCCUCAGUGAGUGUGUAGUAAUCUCUUCAAGAAGAAAGACAUCAGUCAUUGGAUUGGGGCCCACCCUAGUGACCUCAUUUUAACCUUAAGUAGGUCUGUAACAGCCCUAUCUACAAAUAAGUCACAAUCUGAGGUAGUAGGAGUCAAGACUAAACAUGAAUGGGGGGGGGGGCAGUGCCACCUCAAAACCAACAGUAUGCACUAGGAACACAACAUUUUCAUAGGGCAGCCUUCAGUCCAGGGCCUGAUCUGGAGCCUGCUUCUCCCUCUGCCUGUGUCUCUCAUGAAUACAUUUAAAAAAAAAAAAGGAUAAAAAAUUUAAAAAAUGUUCAUAAAUGAAAUUUUGGGUAAAUAUCAAAUUAGUAAUUGCCUAGGUAUGAGUAAAUUUAAAACCAUUUCGAAAACUAA